GAGUACACCUGUCAGAGUAGACUGGACGGACCCCAGAUCGGACAAGUCCCCGUGACAACAUGGCCGGCUUCCCGACUCUGUUCCUCCUGUCGUCUCUACUGUGUUACGGACUGGUCUCGCCGUUCGCUGUUGUCCACAAGACGGACCUUAUGAAGGGAGGACCGCCUCUAAAGAUCGCUGCUUUCAACGUCCAGGUCUUCGGGCUGAAGAAAUUCAGCAAGGAAGAAGUUACCAAGACGCUGGUCAAGAUCAUUCGGAGAUACGACAUUAUUGCGAUUCAAGAAAUCCGGGACAGUUCUCAAGAAGCUUUUCCAGCUUUGCUAGUCGAAGUAAACAAGGGUUUACCGCCAGACCAAUCCUACCAAAGUAUUAUCAGCGAACGGCUUGGCCGAACGUCCAGCAAAGAACAAUACGGCUUCAUCUACAAACCCAGCCGAGUGACGGUUAGUGACUCCUAUCAUUACGAUGACGGCCCAGAGGCUGUCGGGGCGAAGAAUCCUCAAGAUGCAUUUCAGCGUGAGCCCUUCAUCGUCCGCUUCUCGGCACCAGAUACAGUGGUGAGUGACUUUGCUGUGGUGGUCAUUCAUACAUCUCCAAAAGACGCCGUCAAGGAGAUUGACCAUCUGGUCGACGUCUACGAUGACGUGGUCCAAAAAUGGGGCCUUGAGGAUGUCAUCAUAACUGGCGACUUUAAUGCCGGUUGUAGUUACGUCACCAAGUCGGAAUGGGCCGACAUCCGCCUUCGCCACGACCCAAGGUUCACCUGGCUCCUAGGCGAUGACGUGGACACAACUGUGGCAAAAUCUGACUGUCCAUACGACAGAUUCGUGCUUGCCGGAGAAAUGAUGAUGAAGUCUAACGUACCAGAAAGCGCCCAGGCGUUCAGGUUUGACGAGGCAUAUGGUCUGAGCCAAGACGAGACGGAAGACGUCAGUGACCACUAUCCCAUAGAAAUGGAGCUGCACGGAAAAGCAAAGGAUGAUGGGGAGACCAGUGACGUCGAAUCUCUCCUGUCAAUCACCGUCUCUGACCCUCAGGCCAAAAUCAGUGACCUUGAGGAGCACUUCAUGAUCUUGACUGAAUACUUCGAUGGAUUCAAGGUAAACAACUUGUACACAUCCAAAGGUGACGUCGCCCUUUUAUCGGCCAUCAAGACCGGCUUGACCAGCGAUUCAGCAUCCAACGAGCUCCAACGUAUGAAGGAGAAACUUGAGUUUAUCUCAGGCGACAUGUUUGACGUGGCUAGAAUGCAGAUCACUCCAGACGAUACCAACCUAACCAUGGAAAUCACAUGUAACGUUGUGAAGGGAGGCUGUGAAGUCACCGUCUCUGAGAAAACCCUCUAAACAGUAGCAACAGUCUGUUCAAAAACAUAGUAAACUGCAGUUCUAAAACUUGAUAAACUGUAAUUAUAGUUAAGUCAAGUCAAAGUUUAUUGCACAACGAUUGUAACAGGUACAAUGUAUGGCAGAUAAUAAGAUUACUCGGCUGGUAUGGAUCAAUAGAAAUUCUACAUAUAGGUUCAACGGGCACUAUUUCUGGCAGAAUGUUGAAUAGAUCUACUGACUAACAACUAGUACGCCUCCAUAGUGUAUUAUAAUAACAAACUCUGGAUAAACCCACUGAACUGUAGUAACGUUCUUUGCGAAACACGCUGAACUGUAGUAACACUCCAUAAGAAUACAUUUUAAACUGAAGUAACACUUUCUGUGAGGACCCGCUUAACUGUAGUAACACUCUUUGAGAAAAUCCUUUUAACUGAAGUAACUCUGAGAAAACCACAAAACUUCUAACUAGUAACAUUCUCUGACAAAACCCUCUAAACUUUAUUAACACUCGUUGAGAAAACUCUAAGCUGCAGUUACACUCUAUUAAAAAAAACACAAAAUUGUACCUCUACAAACUCUUAAAUGACGAGUUUUCUGUAUGUGCAUUUAAACAAUGUUGAGGUGUUAUAUAUUUAUAGUUUUAAACAAUGUUGAGGUGUUAUAUAUUUAUAGUUUUAAACAAUGUUGAGGUGUUAUAUAUUUACAGUGGUAUUAUAUGUAACCACUAUUUAGUUUUAGGUCUCUAGUCUGUAUCAUGCGUGUGUCUAUAGAGUUACAAUGUACUUAUUAUGUUUUUAAAUGAAUAUAUCUGUAGCUUUUUACAGGUUGGUUUUCCAUAAGUACUUUUUGGUGAUAUAAUGGUUGAGUUUUAUCUAUCUGUAGCACAGGGCUUAACGUGAACACAGAAAAAUACGGUCAUAGAGUCAAUUACAGUCUUAUCCAAUUAAUCUUUUCCAGCGACUUUUAAAAAUGGAGACAAAAAUUUGCAAAUAAGGAUUAUGCUAUAGCUAUAUUUCUUUCUCAGGGUAGCUAUGCUAUUCACAUAUUACUACUGUCAAUUGAAAUAAAACCUGAUAUAAAACACCAUUUACAGAGUAUCA